UUAUUCAUUUGUUUGUGUGCUGGAAGACGAGCACACAAUAAAACCAAAAGUUUUAAUCUUUCUCUUUUUUUUUCGAUUUUAAUUAAUCCCUAACCGUCGAUCAGUCAACACUAGCCUUUAGAGGAUGGAUGACUCUUUGCACAUGUCUGAGCCAAACAUCAAAGACGAUGCAGAAGAUUCCAAGGAAGGAAGUCUCGGAAAGGAUGGAAAUGAUUCAGUGUCAAGUGAACAGAAAGAAAUAGAAAAUAAAGCCAACAAUUCCAAUGUUUCUAAUGAUUAUGACAAAGCAAAAGAUGACGGUGGCUCUCAGUCUCCCCAUUUGAAGAAAGGCUCUAGAAGUCGGUCACCAUCUGCUUCCAAAUCACGUUCAAGAUCAAGAUCUCGUUCUUCAUCUAGAUCAAAAUCUGGGUCUCGUUCUCGAUCAGGGUCACGUUCGUCACGCCGUUCGUCACGCCGUUCGUCAAAAUCACGGUCUCGCUCUAAAUCACGUUCAGGCUCAAGAUCUAGAAGUCACUCUAAAUCAGUUUCUCGAAAAGGCUCCAGGUCGCGUUCUAGAUCUGGUUCUCGUUCGUCUCGUUCGAGAUCUCGUUCGUCACGCAGAUCUUCUAAAUCACGUUCAAGGUCUGGUUCUCGCUCGAGAUCCCGAAGCCGUUCAAAAUCACGAUCACGAUCCAGGUCUAAAGGCUCAAGAUCUAGAUCAAGAUCUUCGUCGGCGUCCAGCGUGAAAAGCAGGGGAGGUGGUUCUCGUAAACGUAAACACAGUCGAAGUGGCAGUGACUCCGAUGGACCUGGAAGCUCGAAGAAAAAAGAAAAGACCAAAUCACGUAUUGCUCGUCCAGCUGGAGAUUCAAGUGAUGAAGAAGGUCGAAACGAAAAAGACAAAAAAGUUUUGGACGAUGUUUUUGGGGAAUCUGGUGACGAAGCACCAAAAAAAGACGAAACUGAACAACCAAAACAGGAUGAUUCAGAUAAGGGACAAGAUUCUGAAUCAGAUAAUCCAGAUGAUGAUCAAAGGUCAGAAUUUGUUUCUGAUUUUGACCUGAUGAUGGCCCGCAAAAAGGAUGAAAAACGGAAGCGCAAGCGCAAAGACGUCGACAUCAUUAACGAUAACGAUGACUUGAUUGCACAUAUGAUUCAACAAAUGAAAGCUGCUUCUGAAGAGGAUCGUGAGUUCAACAAAAAUCGAAAACCAGCAACCAAGAAAAUUUCUCUUCUUCCAACAGUUAUUGCACAGCUACGGAAGCAUGAUCUACAGAUGGCUUUCAUUGAACACAACAUACUUAGCGUUCUUACAGAUUGGCUUGCUCCAAUGCCGGAUCGCAGCCUUCCGGCUCUGAGAAUCCGCGAGCAAAUUCUCGCUAUGCUUCAAGAAUUUCCACCGCUGGAUCAAGGGACGCUAAAACAGUCUGGAAUUGGUAAAGCAGUGAUGUACCUUUGUAAGCACCCCAAGGAAACCAAGGAGAAUAAGGAUAAAGCUGGAAGACUCAUCAGUGAAUGGGCUAGACCAAUUUUCAACUUAACGACUGAUUUUAAAGCUUUGAGUCGAGAGGAGCGGGAACAACGAGAUCUUGAACAACUCCCUAAAGUUCGGCAACAAAUUAAUGAAACUGCAGCUUCUAAGGAUAUUUCCAAAGCCAUGCAAGAAGAAGAAACAUCCGUGCGCCCUGGAGACCCGAACUGGGUGCCACGAGCCCGUGUGCCACAACCAUCCACUAAAGAUUACGUCAACCGUCCGAAGUGGACUUCAGAAGUUGAUAUGUCAAGAACGUCGAAGAAAACUCUGUCAAAGAUGGAGAAACGAAUUCAAGACUAUAGCCGAAUGAAAGGAGGAAAGAUUAAAGGCCCCAACAGUAGCACGCUCAGCAUCGAAGGCCGUAAGAUGAACUUGUAAGGAUCCAUAUGAACUGAUAAAUCAAGAAACUGAUAAAUUCAAAAGCGUUGCGCCUCAUUUUGACGAAAAGUGUGGUUGUAUGACUUGUUUUUAGUAUUUGUAAGAAUACAAUCGGUCAAAUAAAAAUUUAAUUAUUUUCA